UUGCUUGUUUCCUGCUGUGCCUCCCUUGUCACAUCAUCCCUCCAUCAUCAUCAUAACCACUCGCUGUCCUCACCGUCACGAGUCCUCUUGUUCUUUGACAUCAUCCUUGUUGGCCUUGCUGCACAACGUGUUGCACCCGCACGUCGCUCUUCUCUUGUUCUUGUUGUUGUUGCGUCGACUUUCUUUAUCAUCGUUCAUCCGUGUCGUCUUUCUCCAUUCCGUCUACAUCGACCGAUCACCGUCGAACGCAGAUCUAACCAUGACGACCAUUCAGAAUUUGAAAAACUUCAUCCGGCACGGGAAGCAGGCUCGUGACACUCGUUCGCCACAGGACCAUGCCACGACCCAUGUGUCGAACGUGCACGCUCAGACUCAACGCUUUGCCGGCGCGCCUGCUCAACCGCAACAUGGCAUAACCGAUCCUAAUGUUUAUGACCACAAACCACUUCAGGCGAACGCUCCUCACCAGGACUAUUCCGCGGCCGCCAUAGACAACCGGAACGUUGCAGCCAAGGCCCACAACGCCGCAGCUGGCGCGGUUGACCAACAGCAGAAGCGUGACCAAAAGCAAAAUGACUACGACGCUUCAGUGUUGGAACGCAUCGUCGCCGAGGAACGUGAGAGCAAGGGCAAAUUGCCUCGUUACCCUGGCCUCGAACGAUGGACUCUCGUCGAGAAAAUGGGCGAUGGAGCCUUCAGCAAUGUCUACCGAGCCAGGGACAACAAUCACGUCUACGAUCAAGUCGCUAUCAAGGUCGUCCGAAAGUUCGAAAUGAACACAACGCAGGUGAGUAACGGCACAUUCUGCAUGUUUUUCCUCGCUCUUUCUCUACCAUUCAUCCGUUCUCUUUGCCUACCGCCUCGACUUGGGCGACUGCUCCGGUCGGCGGCGCACCUUUUGAUCUGAUAGAAUUUUGCCAACAUUUCUGUGCGUUCAGGCUGGAAAGAACGUCAUGCAUCCGGACUACGAAAAGAAAGUGCCGAAAGGCGUGGAGCGUGCCAACAUUCUCAAGGAAGUCCAAAUCAUGCGCCAACUUGACCAUCCGAACGUUGUCAAGCUCGUAGACUUCACCGAAUCUCGUCAAUAUUACUACAUCGUCCUUGAGCUUUGCCCUGGCGGCGAGCUCUUCCACCAGAUUGUUCGAUUGACAUACUUUAGCGAGGACCUUUCACGACACGUUAUCCUCCAGGUGGCCCAGGCU